AUGCGUCUGAGUCUCUUUGGCCGAUCUCUCCUGCUAUUUGUUUGCGAGGUGUUGGCAAAUGCGGCCGUGUGGAUUACCUCUGGAUUACUUUUUGGCCUUCGUUCGGAGGCCCGAUCCGUCCUAAGUUUAUGUCUCCUUGCAUGGACAUUAGGCCUUAGGCACGCUCUGGAUGCCGAUCAUAUAAGUGCCAUCGAUAACGCUACACGGGGACUAAUGGCUUUAGGCCAGUUUCCAGUGACUUGUGGUUUGUUCUUUUCUUUGGGACACAGUACGAUCGUUAUCGUUGUGAAUAUUGCCGUCGCCAUCAGUACCGACGUGUAUGAUAAAAUUGGAAGCAUUGGAGAUGUUGGGAGCGUCGUAGGUGCCAUUGUGAGCGGUACAUUCCUUUUCCUCAUUGGCACCGCGAACGCCGUCAUACUCUGGCGAAUCAUCAAACGUCGCCGAAUGGAUGCCAGACGCGCGGAGCUUGGGCUAGCUCCAAUCGAUGACGGUUACGAUAAUACUCCUUCAAUCAUGCUGCGCUUCCUAGGGCCCGUGACGGCAUUCGUUAAUCGGCCAUGGAAAAUGUAUCCUGUCGGAGUCCUUUUCGGAUUCGGGUUCGACACGGCUUCUUCUAUUGCUCUGCUAGCAAUAACAGCCUUAGCCAAAAAGAGACCGGAUGGUCGAGGAACGAUCAAGCAAUCAGAAAUCAUCGUAUUACCCCUCCUCUUCACUUGCGGGAUGACUCUUGUAGAUUCCAUCGACUCCAUCAUCAUGCUCUACAGUUAUGCUGGGUUCCCUGAGCGGGGAUGGAGCCUAUGGGAAGAGAAAGCUGCACUCUCAGUUGAAACUGUUGAAGGUGGUCCGAAGAGAGGUCCAGAUCCUUCUGAUCUGACACCAACAGGCAUUGAAGAUCCAAAAGCUUCCGGUUCUUCGCCAUCAGCAAGUGAGACUGCCCAGCGUCUUGAACUACCCAUAGAUGCUCUACCAAUUGGCGGGAUCGGGGGACCAAGUGGGGGUUUACCGACAUCAAAGGCUUCCUUUCAAAAUCCUUCUGAGCAGGUGGAGCAUCAGCAUUCCGAUGCUGAGCCUGGGACUCGUCAAAACGAAUUGAGACGAAAACUCAUUUCGAAACGAAAUACCAUGUCAUCGCUUAGUAUCAUAUUAACACUGAUUUCCAUUCUUGUUGCUUUCAGCAUCAGUCUAAUCACGAUCAUGGGACUCAUCGGUGAAAAGUGCGCGUCUUGCAAGGCCGCCGCCGAAAAUGAUCCCGGCAUAAGCGGGAAAUGGUGGAGAGGAUGGGUGCAGGCAAGCGACCAGUCGGGACUUGUGGGUGCUGGAAUUAUAGGAAUAUUUGUUUGUAUUGUUGCUGUGUAUUAUUCCUUCCGAUGGGUGAAACGUUGUAACAUGCAUAACGACAAAGUUCGAACUUGAUGUAUAAUCACCAAUAGAGUUUCCGCCAAUGUAGCGGUGAAGGGCUGGGCCUUGUGCUUGUGAGUCACACUGUAAUCAG